CUUUUCCUCGAGCAAGCGUACGUGCGGGACAAAAUCUCCAACACUGCUUCAGUCUUUAGUCUUCAGUCUUGGAGCAUCGUGAUGCUAGUGCGGGAGCGGGAUAGCGGGGCUCAUUGUGAGUACUAAAUGACGUAAAUGAACGAUUCCAGCCGCUACCCCAAAUGAUGAUGCGAUCUUGUACACAGUCGUGCAUCAGGCGACCCCGGACGAAACUUUCCAAUCGAUAUUCUGGAAGUAUGAUAGGCAUUGACUGUUUUUGUUUCUUGUUUUGAUCAAACUUCUGGUCUUGCGAGCGAAAACAUCAUUGUUCAGACGCAGCACUUAAUCUAAGCAGUUCAUCUCGAGCUUUUGUAUUCGAAGCCUGGAGCUUUGGUCUAUAUAUUUUGUAAUAUCACAAGCUGUCUGAGCAACGCAACAUGUCUAAGCUGUGGGGGUCCAAGAAGGACCAAGACGCAGACGACCAUGUCCAUCGCAACGGCGCUGGUCCAGCUCGAGAUUCAGAAGAUCAGGAUAGUUUACCAGAUGAGCACACUCGCCUGCUCCCGAAUCGCGUCGAGUCCACCAACUAUCUGAGCCCCGAUGAUCCCGCCGUCUCGCCCUACAACCUCUGGUCUGUCAGGUUCACCAGAUACUUGACUGUCUUCCUGACGCUGGUGACGUUUGUAUGGUGGGUUAUACAGUUGGUCUCACAAUUCAUCACACCACCCGGCUUCCAUACGCGCGGCUCGGGGUUCUUUGCAUUCAGCUAUGCUAGCGUUACCCUGGCAAAUCUCCUGUUCACCUUGAUCUUCUUCGCCAUUCCGUCCAAGGCAGUGCGCAUAAUGAGCGUGGUCAUGGGCGCUCUGUUGCUCAUCGACUUGGUAUUGCUGUUGGCCGUUGAGAAAACCCGACACGAAGAGGGUUGGGUUGGAAUGGCCACUAUCUUGUGGACUUUUCUCAUCGCCGUUUUUGUUCUCGUCACAGACCGACUGGUGCUUUGGGGCAAGCACGAGGAAGAAGAGCGAUUGACUGGUCGCGCUGAAUCUCGACGAACCUUGGGCGAAUGGACGGCAGUCUUGAUCUCGACACUUGCUAUAAUCAUCCUCAAUGCCAUCCUUGUGCUCACGACUUGCACUUUGAUUCUACGAGCACUCGACGCUGGCUUGGCUCCCCCAGGCAAGUUAUAUGCUGUUGAUGACGACAAAUACCAAUUGCACCUCUACUGCAAGGGCAACAUCACAGACUCGCAGGGCUCCAAGCUCCCUACCGUCCUGAUUGAUGGUGAAGGUCCGGCCGAGGAUGGUCUUUGGCAGUUUGCCGAUGCCGCAAUCAAGAACGGCUCCAUUAGCAGGUAUUGCUUCGUCGACCGUCCCGGUAUGGCUUGGAGUGACACGGCACCCUCACCCUCGUCCGCCGGCAUGGUAGUAGAAGCAGUCAGUGAAGCGCUCGCCCGUGCAGGCGAGGAAGGCCCUUGGGUUCUGCUCGGCGCCGGUUCGGGGUCGAUCUACUCGCGUAUCUUUUCCGCUCGCCACGGCGAUGCCGUGCAUGGCCUGCUUUUCAUCGACCCCUUGCACGAGGACCUUCUGUGGCGCAUCGGUGCGCCUGGCCGUGGCUUCAUGCUCUGGGUCCGCGGUGUCCUGUCGCCACUCGGCCUGGACCGCGUCCCAGGCGCUCUCUUCAAGGGUAGGACGAAGGAGGACCGCGUCUGGGGCCAAUCGGCAUACCAGACCGGCAAGUAUAUAUUCUCGAAGCUGCAGGAGAACUUGGUCGCGGACUCUCUCACCAAGCGCGACGUGGCCAGCAGCCGCGCCAUCCAGUACAAGGACACCCCCUUAACGAUCAUCAGUUCGGGACCGCGCGUGCGCGCCGAUGAUGUGUGGGCUGACAAGCAGAGAGAUCUCACGCACCUGACUAGCAAACUACAACACUGGGAUAUCGCCAACCAGGCGCCGCAUGAGGUCUGGCGCACGCUUGAGGGCCGUGAUCUUAUUGAGAAGAGGCUGAAGCAGAUGGUCCAUCUGUAAAUCAGGAGUCAUUGAUAUACACGCAAAAUACUGUUUCGUAAUUUUCCAGCAUAUGAAAUUAGCCAAUUAGUUUUACAGACAUGAAUGAGCAAUGGGUGGUAUAAUUAGUGUAGUUACACGGUAAUAGGAAAUGCAUUACGCUUGAU